CAAAUAAUCCUCACACUCUAACCUUCUUCUUAUAUUACAUAUUCUCUGUUCUUCAUCUUUGUUCCCUGAUGGCGUCUAUUAUUUCUCAUCUUUUCAUUGUUCUUUCUCUUUUAGCUUUUUCUGUCAAUGGGCAACUCUCCUCUGGCUUCUACUCCAAAAGUUGUCCUAGACUUGAAUCUAUUGUUCGUGCUGGUAUGACUAAAGCUGUUAACAAAGAAAAACGUAUUGGAGCUUCCAUCCUUCGUUUGUUCUUCCACGAUUGCUUCGUUAAUGGUUGUGAUGCUUCUAUACUGCUUGAUGAUACUCCAACAGCUAGAGGUGAAAAAAAUGCAUUUCCAAAUAGAAACUCGGCUAGAGGGUUCGAAGUAAUUGACGACAUUAAAACUCAAGUGGAAGCUGCUUGCAAUGCAACAGUUUCAUGUGCUGAUAUUCUUGCUCUAGCCACGCGUGAUGGGGUCGUUUUGCUUGGAGGACCAAAUUGGGCUGUACCACUUGGUCGAAAGGACUCGAGGACAGCGAGCGAGAGCGGAGCAAACAACAACCUUCCAGGACCAUCCUCUAGCCUCUCAACACUAAUAUCAAUGUUUAACGCUCAAGGCUUCACCCCCCGUGAAAUGACAACCCUCUCGGGUGCUCACACCAUAGGCAUGGGCCAAUGUCAAUUCUUCCGAACUCGCAUCUACAAUGAAACCAAUAUUGAUGCCACCUUCGCCACCCAGAGGCAAGCCAACUGCCCAUUUAACGGUGGUGACAGCAACUUAGCCCCUCUUGACUCAACCAAUACCAUGUUUGACAACAAAUAUUACGUUGACUUAACUAAUAAGCGUGGUUUGUUUCAUUCGGACCAAGAACUCUUCAAUGGUGGUUCACAAGAUGCGUUGGUUACGACCUACAGUAAAAAUCCCAAUCUCUUCAAAUCGGAUUUUAUAAAGGCGAUGAUCAAAAUGGGAAAUCUUGGUCCUCCAAGUGGAACAGUCACUGAGAUAAGAAAAAAUUGUAGGGUGGUUAAUUAAUUAAUCUUAAAUGAAUUAUUAAUUAAAGAGUAAGAUCAGAUUUAUAUAAUAGUUAAUUGAUUACAAAAUAAUAAAGAUGCUUUUUACACAGAAAAAUAGGACAAAAAGUUUACUUAUUUUGAGUUACUUUCUUUGGUUUCUACGUAUGUUGUAGAAUAUUUCUCUACCAAUUGAAGGAUUAAAUGCCAAAAGUAAUGAAAUCUAAUCUUGUUUUAUA